GCCACCACGUUAAUCAUAUGGACAGUCGAACUUACGUUUUGCGAAUAAUUUUUUCUCGUUUCUCGUACACAAACGAUUAGUGAAAUUCUGUUCAACAUUUUAGCCUGAAGAAAAUCAAUCACAAUGUGGUACGAGUGUAUUCCAUCGAUGGCAAUCAUCACUGUGGCCCUAUCAAUGGGAAAUGUAGCCGCAUAUACAGUGAACAAAUUAUAUCAAGGAAAUGCAUACAAUCGCAUUGCCGAUGAAGGCUGGGAUCGAUUUUUAACGCGCAGAGAUCGUGCUUUGACUGGCGAUGAAUACAAAGUCAACGGUUUGGAAGUAAUCGCUGAUGAUCCAAAGCAACAACAAUAAAUCCUUCAAUCAACUUUAAUACGUGUAGCCAAUUCAAUAAGAAAAAUCAAUAAAAUGUACAGAUACAAAUUUGAUGGAA